CUUGUUUGUAUAAAACUAUGUAAGCAGUAUAUUCUGGGAAUUCCCUACUAACCAGCCGGCUAUUAAAAAAAAAGUAGAAACCCGGUGAGAACGAAUUCGGUAUUUCCAAAGACACUUCGAACGCGAGCGGGUAUCGGUUGAUCGUGCUGUGAGAGGCCAAAGACCGAACUGAAAACCAUCGACUUCGGGCCGUUGGAAUUAUAACAGAACAUUGGUAUAGAACAUAACAUAUCAAGCAAAUUUGUGGCAGUAGUGUGGAGGCAUAGCCGUGUUGCAUUCGUGUUUUCUCUUCUUCCCGACAGAGUGAGACUUUAGGUGCAAUCACCUUUUCGUGAUUUGUUCGAUUCCAUCAAGUGUAAUCUACAAGUUACUCCUGGUACCGUGCUCAAAAUGGAUCAGCGGAGUGAUCAUCAAAAUGCAUCGCACCAGCUCGCUAGCUAUCCUGCAAAAGCCGUCCUGCAACAGACCAAUAUGCCUUCCGUCAAGGCGAAUCCUGCGCUAAACCAUCCCGAUGUACAUGUAGAACAAGGAUACUUCAAUCCCUUAAGCGAUCAAGUAGCAGCAGGCGCUCAUAUGGCUACUCCAGCGCAAGCAACGGACGCCAAAUGGGCCGACUUUGCCUCCUUCUCGGACGCUUCCGUGCGAAAAGGUUUCAUCAGAAAGGUGUUCUUCAUACUCGCCGUUCAACUAUUAAUCACCACCGGCAUUUGCAGCUGGUUCCUCUUGGAACCGAACACGAAGCUCUUCAUCCACAAGCAUUUGGAAAUGCUGGUGGUCGCAAUUGCUGUUGAAAUAGUGGUGCUGAUAGCCAUAAUCUGCUUCGGCGAGCUCAGGAGAAAAACGCCCAUCAACUACAUCCUGCUGUUCAUCUUCACCCUCACCAAGGCCUACUUCGUGGCGACGCUGGUGAGCUUCUACGAGGUUAAAGCUGUACUGAUAGCUGCGGGUUUCACCACUGCUGUGUGCCUGGGCCUGUGCCUGUUCGCGUUCCAAACGAAAUGGGAUUUCACCAUGUGCGGGGGAUUCCUGUUCUGCAGCCUGUUGGUGUUCCUGCUGUUCGGGUUUUCCUGCAUAUGGCUCAUGGACGACGUGGCCUACUUGGUGUACGCCAGCAUAGGCGCUUUGCUGUUCUCGUUGUACCUCGUUUACGAUAUACAGGUGAUGAUGGGCGGCGGGCAUCGAUACAGUCUAUCCCCCGAAGAGUACAUUUUCGCAGCCUUAAAUCUGUUUAUAGACGUCAUCACUAUAUUUGUGUAUAUCCUGAGAAUCGUUGGAAUUGCUUCUAGGUAAUCGAGCGAUUUGAAUGUAUAUGGAUCAGUGAAUUAAACUGAUGUAAACAGUUAUGCGUAGAUUUAGAAAAGAGAACGUUUGUUUU